AUGAACGCUGAAGUUGUUGAAGAACUUAUUGGUCGUAUGAACCAACAGUACGCCCAUUCCAUGGAACAAAAUACUGCGAUGUUGACAGAGUUUGUCAAUAACCUUACUACUCGAAUGAAUACUGGUGCAACCACCAAUACCUCUGUGAAUAAUACUGGUCACCGUGGUCUCGUAGGUAAAGUCAAGAACUUUGAUGGUAGCUCUGACCCAAAGGUUAUUAAUGGGUUCCUAGCUUCGUUGCAACUCAAAUUCGCGAUUCAAGGUAUUACUGAUGAUCGAGCCAAGGUUAUGAUAUUCGGUUCCUUCUUGAAUGAUGGAGCUCAGAUGUGGUUUGGUAGUGUUGUUGAUGGAGAUUAUGCCAACUUAAGUUAUGAGAAGCUCGUCGACUUGUUCAAGAAAAGAUAUUUGCCUGUUCGUUAUGCAAAGGAUGCAAAAACGAAACUUAAAUCUUUGAGACAGACUAAAGCCGUACACGUCUACAUUCAAAAGUUUAUCGAACUCGCUUCGCUUGUUGAACCUCCUUAUAAUAGUCAAGUGUUUUUAUUAGAUCAAUUUAUUGAAGGAUUAAAACCUGGGGUUAAGGUUCAUGUUGAAAAUCAAGAUCCAGAAUCACUGGAAGAAGCGUUUGAAUUGGCACAGAAAACAGAUGCAACAGUUUGGAAGAAUCAAGGCUUUGUGGAACAAAUCUCUUCGAUCAAAAGAGAAAGACAUGAUCCAGAUGCCAUGGAGUUGGAUGAAUUAGCUACAGGCCAAGAGACAAGAAAGUGUUUCUCUUGUGGUAAGAUAGGCCACCUGAUUAAAGAUUGUCCUGUUGCUAAAGAGGAAGUCCUUUCUAAGUCUUUGGAAGGUAGUGAUGAAGAACAUCAACAGGUUCCUCUACAAGAGUUGGCGCGGUUGGACCUUGACCCAAUCGUGAAAAGUAUUAAUGAAAGUGAAUUAUAUUCCAUAUCUGCUGUCGAACAUCAAGCUGAGGAUGAAGAAGCGGAGAUGCUUAUGGAAUUAGACAUAGAAACAGACAGAGCAUGGUUAGGCGAUACCAUGGCCGGUAAUGAUAGUGCGUUGUUACUUGAGGUAAGUAAUGAUAGUGUGUCAUCGCUCGUGGAAGUACAUAUGGACGCAGGUUCCAUUCGGGAAUAUCAUGAGGAUACUUUAGGUUACGAUAGUGUAGAGUCACUUGAGGAAGAUAAUAUGGACGAAGGUUCCAUUCAGGAAGAUCGAGGUGUCGAUGCUUUCUUCAAUACACAAGAGGUGUAUGAAACUAGUAAUAAGCCUAUGGAUGAAGGGUCCAUAGUUCGUGAUGACGCAAGUCCUUUGGAGAAGGAUGCGCCUCGACAAAAUGAUAAAGAUCAAGAAGAUGUUAUCAAUGAUGAUACAAAACCAGAACAGUUAAUUGGCGUUGAAGAUAUGUCAUUAAGGGUUCAAGAAGAUGUACUUCGAGUAAAUAGCGUCAUGGACCCCUUAGAGAAUACAUUGUUCACAUAUUGUUGUAACGAGAAUCAAGAAUCUGCCAGUAUGGCACGGGUAAAUCAACAUCCUCAAAAAAUCGAAAUUGAGAUUUUCAAACAUAAACAAACAGAGACUGAACCUAUUGAUGAACAAAAUUUCGAAGCCAGUAACUCUGAACAUUCAAAGAUAUGUGUUGUGAAGUUAGAGAGGGGAGGGUAUAGAGUAAUUAUAGAGGUUGGUGAUCAAUUAGAGAAAGAUAGUGAUGGAGAAAGUGGGAUCGGCCUCACAAAAACUUUUAUUAGUAAAUCAUUGGUGAACAGAACAAUCGGAGACUAUGAUAAGUCAGUUAAAAAAGUAGCUAGAGAGAGUAUCAGAGAAUGCACUGAUGCUUGUAAGAGCAAAAUUGUUAGUCUAUUCACUAAAAGAAAAGCAGAAUCUUGUCAACGUGAGUUGAAGAAGAAGAAUAAAUUGGUGAGUAAAGUUAGACAUAGAGACUCAACUGAAUGCAUUUUGGAUAAAACUCCUGGAGCAAACAAGGAUAACAAUUUCGUUGUUGCACAUGUUUUGUCGUUCCUUUUAUUGUUGAUCGUUUAA